CGGCCUCAAGUGCUGAAGCUCUCCCGCGGAGUAGGCGGGUGGGCUGGAGGCUCGAAGAGCGCACCGCCGGGAGGUGGUCGCGUUCCCGGACGCAGGCGAUGGAGAGGGCGCUGGCGCUGCCGCGGCUGCCCCCGCACGACCCGGGGACGCCGGCGCUGUCGGUGGUGGACAUGCACACGGGCGGCGAGCCCCUGCGCAUCGUGCUGGCUGGGUGUCCGGAAGUGGUCGGCCCCACGCUGCUGGCCAAGCGGCGCUACAUGCGCCAGCACCUUGACCACCUGCGACGAAGGCUCAUGUUCGAGCCUCGGGGGCACCGGGACAUGUACGGGGCUGUGUUGGUGCCUAGCGAGUUGCCGGACGCGCACCUGGGCGUCCUGUUCCUGCACAACGAGGGCUACAGCUCCAUGUGCGGCCAUGCAGUGCUGGCGCUGGGCCGCUUCGCCCUCGACUUCGGGCUGGUACCCGCACCCCCGGCCGGCGCCCGCGAGGCCCGCGUCAACAUCCACUGCCCGUGCGGGCUGGUGGCGGCCUUCGUGGAAUGCGAGGGCGGCCGCAGUCGCGGCCCGGUGCGCUUCCACAGCGUGCCAGCUUUCGCGCUGGCCACAGAUCUCUUAGUGGAUGUUCCUGGUCAUGGAAAGAUGGUGGUAGACAUUGCAUAUGGUGGAGCAUUUUAUGCAUUUGUUAGUGCUGAAAAGUUAGGACUUGACGUUUGUUCUGCAAAGACAAGGGACCUUGUGGAUGCAGCGAGUGCAGUGACAGAAGCAGUCAAAGCUCAGUUUAAAAUUAAUCAUCCUGAGAGUGAAGAUCUUUCCUUUCUGUACGGAACUAUAUUAACAGAUGGAAAAGACACUUACAGCGAGGAGCCAACCGCCAACAUCUGCGUGUUUGCAGAUGAACAGGUGGACAGAAGUCCUACUGGCUCAGGAGUGACGGCCCGAAUUGCCUUACAGUACCACAAAGGGCUUCUAGAACUGAACCAGACCAGGGCCUUUAAAAGCAGUGCAACUGGCUCAGUAUUCAUGGGGAAGGCUGUGAGGGAAGCAAAAUGUGGGGAUUUUAAAGCUGUUAUAGUGGAAGUGUCUGGACAAGCCCAUUACACAGGUACAGCAAGUUUUAUAGUGGAAGAUGACGACCCACUGAAGGAUGGAUUCCUUCUCAUGUGACUUCAGUACUUUUCAGGGCUUUCUCUGAAUUAUGUGGAAAACGAUAUCUAAAUUGUACAACUUCUUUUCCUUCUAAAGCAGUAUGCUGUAACUAAAUAUAAUCAUUAUACCUCAUAUUUACACAUGUAAUUGGUAUAAAUGUCAACCAUGUAUAACUUACAAAAUGCUGAAAAUUCAGAAUAUUUUUCUAGUUAUUAACAUAUCAUGUAAAAUUAAUAUCUUAGUCCUGUUACUUUUAAAAUGUUACUCUAGGGUGCCUGGGUGGCUCAGUUGGUUGGGCGACUGCC